AGGGGGCGUGGUGAUUGCGCCAUUUAGCAGUGGUGCCACUCUGCUACAUGAUUUACCAGUUUAAUGGUUUGGUCACCGAAUUGAAUCCACGUAUUUUAUGUGAUAGCGCUAUCAAUACCUAUGUAUUUUCACGGACAAAUUCAAAAACGAGAACGCAGACUAACUUUUAAGUUUGUUUUCGAGGCGCAGGAAGGCUGAAUCAAACCAACGUGAUGAGCGGGGAUGUGGUUCAUGACAAGAUCCACUUCCGACACGACCCGAAGUGGAGCAGCCGCCUGGCGCCUGCAGAGGGCGGGGGGCGGCUGGUCUGCGUGGCCUGUGUCCUUGAAAUGAUGGAGAGCGAAGAUGUUGCGUCAGUGAGGAAGUCCUAUGCCUUGUCUGGUGUCAGUGGGGUGCUGAAGUGUUCUCCGGGGGCCAUGAGAGAGCUGCUCCAACAGGACCACAGAGUCUCCAUGUGUUUUACAGCUUCAUUACUCGGGAUGCUUCACACCGCGGAAGACACUGUCACUCUGGAAAAGGUUCACCAAGUGCUGGUUCAGCUGCUUUUGGAGCUCCAGAGCGAGGUGUUAUUUCGCUUUGUUGUGGAUGAGAUACACAAACAGCUAAGUGACCAGCUCAGCGUGAAAGCAUUCUGGCCCAUAUUGCACCUCUUGGGGACCCUGGUGGAAGCAGUCCCCAACGUGGCCCAUAGCCUGGUGACUCAGUAUGUGCCCUUGCUGGAGCAUCUGUGCUCAGCCUUGCUCUACCCAGAUGAAGCACUGAAGGCUUCAGUCCUGUACGUGUGGCUCAAACUGUUUGGGGGAUCGGCAGCCCAGUCUUUGCCCGUUGCCAUCAGGGACAGAGUGUGUAUCCUGUUGCUGCAGACCUUGGCCAAUGCAGGCUCCCCGCAGCUCAUCAAAAAUUGUGUUGGCCUGCUGUGGCUGUUGGUGCAGCUGGGAGAGGCCGUGUCAGUUAUGAUGAACAGCCCUGACACUCAGAUUGCGUGUGAUGAGAACCAGAGCAUCCACACCAGCAACGGCCAGCUCGUCUGCCAGAACCAAGAGCAACAGUCUCUGGACCACUGCCGUUUGCCCCUCAUACUGAAACAGUUGCUGCUGGGUGGUGAUGAGAUGUUGCAGGUCACCAGUGCUAAGUGUAUUGCAUCUGUCCUGGUUCAUUCUCCUAUUCAGUACAGCGCUCCCUUCAUCAAGGCAGACGUACCUGAGUUUCUGUUUGACCGACUGGCCAGUACGAAGAGUGAGGCGCUGCUUUGGUCUGUGUACAGCUGUUUACUGUUGCUAACAGAAGACCCACUAUUCUUCUCCCAGUGCCACUCUGUCUAUGGUAUCGAAUCCCUGGUGCGCAGUCUGAAGGAGGCGCUGUGGCUGUCCAACCAAGGAGUGCAGAAACAAGGCUUGCUGCUCCUUAGUGAGAUACUGGAGAGGCAGCCCCCAGGUGUGCGUUUGUUCCCCAGUGGUCCAGGGUUUGCGGCGGUUUCAGAGGCUGUGAUAGCCGGAGUCUCCUCCUCCUGCCUGCUGGUAGCCACGCAGGGUGCCAGCGCUGCCUCCGCCCUCUUCAGAUUGAACCACCAGUCCAGACCAGUACAGUACAGCGAGGUCGAAAAGCUGGUGGAGGCUGUCACCAACCGAUUCUCUGAGCUACCUUUACUUUCUUAUGCUCAUCGGAGAAGCUCUCGGAGUGUGCAGUGGUCAGGCCUCAGCAGCCAAGCUUCCAGGUCUGAAGGGUUUCUGCUCCAGGCCCUGGUUUGUUUUCAGGCGGCCUGCAGGUUGGCUGAGGAGUGUGCAUCAGAGCCUGUUCUGAAGGAGAACUCAUUCACAGCUCCAUCUAAACUCAACCAGGCUCAGGACACACUGGAGUCCCUGUGUCACUCUCUGCUUCACUGCUGUGACUCCAUCUGGAUACCCACUGUCAUUAGGAUGUGCGAGCGUGCACCCAGCGCUCAGAUGCUGCAGCACUUCUACUCCAUCCUGUCCUCCCAGUUCACCCUCCUCCCGCCUCUCAUGCCUGUCUUUGCAAAUAAGCUCGCGUCCUCUGGUUUCUACAGGCUGGCUCUGGAACACAAAGGCCUUCUCUGUGCAGGAAACAGGAACCCAGAUCUGAAUGCAUCUUGCUGUGGUUUUCUACAGAAACUCAGCGUGCGUCUGCUUUCCCAGUCAGACUCCUACCAGUACGAUGUUGAGGAGGUGGAGAAUCUCCUGCUACACAACCUUCCCUCUCUGUGCUGGCGUCUGUCAGACUGGCCCUCUCUGCUGCGCGAGGCCCCUGGACUCCAGCUGUGUGAAUAUAAAGGCCCAAGGGCCACGCAGUACUGUGUCCUGAUAAUACUACACCUUGCCUUGCAGCAAGGAGACAGGCUCCUCCCAGACCGCACCGUGUUCUCCAGCGUGCUGUGGCUGUUGCACUCAGUGCAGGAGCAGGGCGUCUGCUCCCUGCCUCGCCCGGUGCUCCGCUCUGCCAUCUACCUGCUGGCAGUAACACAAGACAAGAUCCACAGCCUUGACCGGGCUCCUUUGAACUGCAUCAGCAAGGCGCUCUCCUCUUGCCAAAGCUUCUCUUCCCUCUACAUUCACCAUCCUGCACUCCUUCAUUUCAUCUGCCGCUAUCCUGAGCUAGCAGAGAAGUUUGGGCCCUUGGUCCUGGAACUUUGGUUGACCAGGCAGACAGAGCACACAGAUGCAGGAGUAUCCAUGACAGACGUACAGGAGAAAGGAGAGAAGAGAGAAUGCCACACAGAAGAAAGGCAAGAUAAGAAGCCAGACACAGAAACUGCUGAGCUUCUUUCUCUGACAGAGAAGUACCCAGCUGUCAUACUGACCCUCCUGGACAUGCUUUGCACCAGGGAGGCCGCCCUGGCAGAGCGAGCCCUGGGGGUGCUAGAAGCGCUUUUGCGUGGUCACAGAGACUAUGAAGUAGAUUUGUGUGCCAAACUUCGACCAGCUCUUCUCCAGGCACUGCAGAGGUUCAGUGUGGAGAUCGUGGGCCAUGGUCAUGUACACACUAAAGAGGCAGUGAACUCACUCCCUCUGGUGCUGAAGCUGCUUUGUGCGAUGCAGGCUAGUGAUCUGCCUCUAUCGUCCUCCUACAGCGAGAUGGACGGCGUGCACUUCAAGCUGCUCUACCACGUAAGUAAUAUAGCGGGAAAGUUGAUGCCAACCAACACUGAGAGCCUGCUGCCUGCCCUCAGCUACCUGUAUUGCUGCCUGAGUCUGUGCCCUGCACACUGCACUGACAGAGCUGUCUCCAUGCUGCUCUCCAACAGUGGACUGAUGGACCAGCUGCAGACAGUCCUCUCCUCCUCCCCCUCUGCUCCAUCCCUCUCUCCAUCAGCCUGUCCUCCCUCAUCCCUGCUGUGCUGCAGCCAUCUACUCCUGUCCUCCCUCAUUACCUUGCAGCGUGUUCACUCUGCUCAGGUCCAUAAGAGCAUCAGUUGGAGUCUGGACACAGCAGUGCAACGGCUACUUGUUCAGAAAAGAAACACAGACAAUCUCUUGCUGGUCAGCUGCCUGAGGUUUCUGCAGACUCUACUCGACGUUGACCUCGUAUCGGCAGUUGUAUGUGUGAGCACUGGUCCUGUCUUGGUCGGGCCCAGACCCCCAGGAGUCCAAGACGGGGCUUUGUACCCACUCGGCCUCAGAGGGACAGAGUGCCUCUCAACUGCUCUCAGUGGACUUCUUUUGCAGAAGCACGAGCUUUUGCUGAGAGCCUCAGUCAACUGUUUGAGCUCCCUGCUGGGCUUCCUUCAGAGAAAGAGUCAUAUUACAGCAAAGUAUGUGGUGUGCCAGCCGUGGACUCGAUUCCUCCUCUUUUGCCUGCUCAGCUCAGGAGACUGCUGCCUUCUGCACCCUGCCAUCCUCAGACUCAUUACACUCGUGAGGGGUUUCACAAAAUCACACACGUGCCACUCAAAUCAACUCCUGCAGCACAGCAGCACGGCAGUGCGGUGGGAGCCUGACCUGCUCCAGGUGAUGGAGGCAGUAGAGAAGAGGGGGGUGAAAGAGCUCAGCCAAGAAGCAGCACAGGCCCUCGGGCUCCUCCUCACACAGAUCCACAGCAGUGUCCUGCAGCCACCACCCACAGAGGAGCACACGCAGAGAGUGAGGAAUAUGAUGGAGGCCCUCAGCCUACAGACACAAGCCGAGAGCUGCAUCCCCAGUCUGCCCAGCAACAUCCUCCGUGUUGGAGAUGUGUCCGUCUGGCUGUGUGAUUUUACACUGACAACAGGCUGACGUUCCAGCAAACCAACACACGCAGCUUAUAAAUGAUUAACUGUUAAUGUUUCUUUGAUUCAAAUAGGCCUUUUGUGUAAUUCAAAUUUACAUGUGGUGUUAAAAGAAGAUUUGCCCAAUUCAUCUGAGCUUUUGACAUUAUAAGACAAACCCAGCAGGAUAAAAAAAUCUCAGAUCUAAAACCCAUUUGUUCUCUUGUUAUAGGCCACCCUGUGUAAUGAUACUUGUUCUAUGUUCGACCAUUAAGUGCAGUUUACCAGUGAGUCUCUAUAAAUGUCCCGAGACCACCUAAAGGACACAAUCAGACACACAACCUCAAUUGGACAUUUUUGUGUUCAUAAAACCGUGAAUUCCGUUUUGAAUUCUACAACUGUUUAGUGAGAGGUUUGUGACAUUGAAACCUGCCAUUGGCGUCAUCGCUUGUUAUUGGCCCUGCCAGGUGGCCUUUCUGUUGAGUGGCCUUUCUAGCCAAUUAAAAUUAAAAAACACUAAAAUGAAAA